CUUCCUUGCUUCCUUCCUUGCUUCCUUCCUUCCUUCCUUCCUUCCCCCCCCCGGGCGGGUGAGCUGGCGGUCCGUUCCCGGCCCCCGGCGCCAUGCCGGGCCCCCUGCCGGGCCCCCCCGGGCCGGGCCCCCCCGCUCCGGGCCCGGUGGAGACGCUGAGGUCCCCGCUGCUGCCCCCCGAGCCGGACGCCCCUUCCUGGGGACCCCCUUGCGACCGGCUCCCGGAGAGGAGGUACCAGGUGCUGCCCUCGCUCGUUUGCAUCGUCUGCUGCCUCUUCGGCGUCGUCUACUGCUUCUUCGGCUACCGGUGCUUCAAGGCGGUGCUGUUCCUGACGGGACUCCUCUUCGGCUCCGUGGUCAUCUUCCUCCUGUGCUACCGGGAGCGGGUGCUGGAGACGCAGCUGAGCGGGGCGGCCAGCGCGGGCAUCGCCCUGGGCGUCGGCCUGCUGUGCGGGCUGGUCACCAUGCUGGUCCGCAGCGUGGGCCUCUUCCUCCUGGGCCUGCUGCUGGGGCUCCUGCUGGCCACGGCCGCGCUGCUGGGCUCGGGCCCCUUCUACCAGCCGGCCUCCGUCUGGACGCCCCUGGGCCUGCUGCUCGGCGCCGGCCUGCUCUGCGCCCUGCUGGCCCUGCGCUGGCCGCGCCCGCUGACCACCCUGGCCACCGCCGUGGCCGGGGCCGCGCUGGUGGCCGCCGCCGUCGACUACUUCGCCGAGCUGCUGCUGCUGGGCCGCUACGCGGCCGAGAGGCUGAGGGCGGCGCCCCCCGGACCCCCGCUCUGCUGGCGGAGCUGGGCCCUGCUGGCCUCCUGGCCCCUGCUCAGCCUCAUGGGCGUCCUGGUCCAGUGGAGGGUCACCGGCGACGGAUACUCCCACACCGACGUGGUCAUCAGGCGGCAGCAGAGGCGGGUGCAGCUGAUGCGGAUCCGGCAGCGAGAGGAACGGAAGGUCCGGCGGCGGCGGACGCGGCCCCCCCGGCCUCCCUCCCGCCCACCCCGCGGCCAGGACCCCCGGACCCUCGGACCCCCGGACCCCGCCUACCGCCGCCGUCCCGUGCCCGUCAAGCGCUUCAACGGGGACGUGCUCUCUCCAAGUUACAUCCAGAGCUUCCGGGACCGUCAGACGGGGUCUUCCCUGAGCAGCUUCGUGGCCGCUCCUCCCACAGACUUGGACUACGAGUGCGGGUCCACCGUGCCGCUGACCGCCGCCGCCGCCGCCGCGGGACCCCCGGUCCGCGUCUAGACGCCCCCUCCCCGGUACCGGACCGGACCCGGAUCUAGGCCCGGACGGCCGCGGCGGGGCCGACCCCCAGUCUGGGGGCUCCUCACGGGACCGGUCGGACUGGCGCGCCGGUCCUCCCGCUCCCCCCUUCUCUGGGAGCGGCCCCCUCCCCGCCUCAUUUCUGGCCCUCGCGCCCCUGCCCUGCCCGCCUGAGUCUGGGGGGAGGAGGACUCUCGCCCUCUCCUCCCUUGACCUCCUGACCCCGCCGAGACGGUGGGAGGAGGGCAGGGGGUCUGUGACCAUCACUAGCUUGUGCCCGGGGGCUUCGUUUGUCUGGGUUGGGAGGGGACCACCGACCGUGCCCCUU